GCCUCCUUUUGUGUUUAAAGAGGAUGAUCCUGAAAUCAGAAGGCUGCAGGGGCAGCUCCCUAGAUUCUGUGUUAUUGCAGUGAGGUCACCAAUUAAUAUGAAAAGCUGAUUUGGCCUUUUCUGCCCAGAAUUGCUCAAGUGCUAGGUGUUGACAAGGUAAGUAGCACAGCAGGACAAAACUCUCAAGGUUUGAGUCAGUUGUGCUGAUAGUUUGUGGAUUUCUAACUCUUUUGUCAUUUUGAGAAUUAGUGUCAGCUGAAUUCACAUAAGGGCAGGGAAGGAGAGAAAUAUGAAAGUCUGGCCUUUAGUUUUAAUUAUUUUAUAUUUGAGAAAAUGAGACACACACCUGGGAGUUAGCGGCUAUUCUGAUUAGUAUUGCUCCAGAGAUUUAACACAUAUCAUCUAAUCUCUGUUCUCUCUUGUAAGUAAUAUCCAAGAGGGAGUUUUUUGGAAUAACUAUGUGGAACCCACUUUAUGACACAGAUUUAUGAAUUCCAGAGGAUGGAAUUCCUUAGUUUCUGAGUCCUGAAUGGCAUUAACUACACUGUCCUUGGUUAAAACUACAAUGUAGAAAGAAACGAACUAUUUAGAAUUCCCCGUGUUUUCUAAAACGCCAGACCCCCCCUCCCCCCAAGUGGCAUCAAUUACACAAGUUGGUGUUUCUUCUCCACUUUUAGGGUACCACCGUUUUGGAGGCGUUGGGUGAGCAGGACUUAGAGUCACGGAGAUGGGUAUAGUGAUCAGUCAGAAGAAGCUGGGUUUGCCCCAUUUUGUACUUGGGAACUUGAGCUAAUCGCUUAACUCCUUAAAACAGUGGUUCUCAACCUUCCUAAUGCCACGACCCUUUAAUACAGUUCCUCACGUUGUGGUGACUCCCAACCAUAACGUUAUUUUCGUUGCUACUUCAUAACUGUAAUUUUGCUACUGUUAUGAAUCGUAAUGUAAAUAUUUGAUACGCAGGAUGGUCUUAGGCGACCCCUGUGAAAGGGUCGUCCCACCCCCAGGUUGAGAACCCCUGCCUUAAAACUACCGGAGUAAUGAAAUCUGCAACACAGACUUGAGCGCCCCAAGAGCUGCCAAAAGUACUUGAAAGGCAGCAAAGAGCUAAUCCCAGGCACUCUUGGCUGAGCUGCAGCUAGAUCGCAGCACCGCACUAGGUGCUUCCACCCUUCAUUCAGUCCCAGAAACCCAAAGAGGCAGGUAUCACCCUUCCUUCUGCAAAUGGGUCACGCAGCUGCUGAGUAAAUGGCAGACUCAAGACCUGACCCCAGGCCCGCCACCGCGCUUGCUGACCUCUCGCUGCUCCAGGAGGACCUGCAGGAGGACGCGGACGGAUUUGGUGUGGAUGACUACAGCUCAGAGUCUGAUGUGAUUAUUAUACCUUCAGCCCUGGACUUUGUCUCACAAGAUGAAAUGUUGACGCCACUGGGGAGAUUGGACAAGUAUGCUGCAAGUGAGAACGCUUUUAACAGACAAAUGGUGGCCCGGAGUUUGCUGGACACAUUGAGGGAAGUCUGUGAUGAUGAAAGGGAUUGUGUUGCUGUUUUGGAAAGAAUCAGCAGAUUGGCUGAAGAUUCAGAACCAACUGUGAGAGCGGAGCUGAUGGAGCAGGUGCCUCAUAUUGCAUUGUUUUGUCAAGAAAACAGGCCUUCAAUACCAUGUGCUUUUUCCAAAUACUUAUUACCUGUUGUGGUUAGAUAUCUUGCGGAUCAGAAUAAUCAGGUGAGGAAAACAAGUCAGGCAGCCUUGUUGGCUCUGCUGGAGCAGGAGCUAAUUGAACGAUUUGACGUGGAGACCAAAGUGUGUCCCGUCCUCAUAGAGCUGACCGCCCCAGAUAGCAAUGAUGAUGUGAAAACAGAAGCUGUGGCUAUAAUGUGCAAAAUGGCUCCCAUGGUUGGGAAGGAUAUUACAGAGCGUCUUAUCCUUCCUAGGUUUUGUGAAAUGUGCUGUGAUUGCAGAAUGUUUCAUGUUCGAAAGGUCUGUGCUGCCAAUUUUGGAGAUAUUUGUAGUGUAGUUGGCCAGCAAGCUACUGAGGAGAUGUUGCUGCCUAGAUUUUUCCAGCUUUGUUCUGAUAAUGUGUGGGGAGUCCGGAAAGCUUGUGCUGAAUGCUUCAUGGCGGUUUCGUGUGCAACGUGUCAGGAAAUCCGACGGACUAAAUUAUCAGCACUGUUUAUUAAUCUGAUCAGUGAUCCUUCACGUUGGGUUCGCCAAGCAGCUUUUCAGUCUCUGGGACCUUUCAUAUCUACUUUCGCUAAUCCAUCUAGCUCAGGCCAGUAUUUUAAGGAAGAAAGCAAAAGUUCAGAAGAUGCGUCAGUAGAAGACAGAAAUAGAAUCAGAGGUCAAGAAGUCCCAGAGGAUGUGCAGAUCAGGCCAGAGGAUGUUUCUUCCAAUCUCACUGUUAGUAGUUCCACUGUUGAACUGGAGGACGCAGUGGAAGACCAUGCUGCUGAAACACCCAGGGAAUGUCCAGGUGUGGACAGCUCUUUACUGUGUACCAUGUCCUCAGAAUCUAAUCAGGAAGCAGCUAAUAAUGAGAAUGAUAAAAAUCCUGGAAACUACAAACCUACAUUACAACCUGAGAUUGGCACCAGUUCACAAGACUCAGCAGUCUUAGAUCAGGAAUUGUACAACUCCUUCCAUUUCUGGAGGACUCCUCUUCCUGAAAUAGAUGUAGAUACAGAGCUUGAACAGAACUCUGAGGAAGCGCUCAGCCCAGAGAGACCAGAGAAAACAUCUGAAGUCCCCAGGCCAGGGUCUCCAAACAUCACCAUGGCUACCAGAAAGGAGCUUGAAGAAAUGAUAGAAAAUCUAGAGCCCCACAUUGAUGAUCCAGAUGUUAAAGCACAAGUGGACGUGCUGUCUGCCGCGCUGCGUGCUUCUAGCCUGGAUGCUGAGGAAGAGACCAUCAGUACAGAAAAGAAAAGUGAUUUGCAAGACGAACUGGGUAUAAGUGAGCUACCAAAUUGUAAAAUAAAUCAAGAUGAUUCUGUGCCUUUAAUCAGCGAUGCUGUUGAGAGUAUGGACUCUGCUCUCUGCUAUAUUCACAACGAUUCAGACUUGAGCACCAGCAGCAGUUUUAGCCCUGACGAAGAAAGGAGAACUAAAGUACAAGAUGUUGUACCUCAGGCUUUAUUAGAUCAGUAUUUGUCUAUGACUGACCCCUCGCGUGCACAGACGGUUGACACUGAAAUUGCUAAGCACUGUGCAUACAGCCUUCCAGGUGUGGCCCUGACGCUUGGCAGACAAAACUGGCACUGCCUCCGAGAGACCUACGAGACUCUGGCGUCAGACAUGCAGUGGAAAGUUCGCAGAACUUUAGCCUUCUCCAUCCACGAGCUUGCAGUUAUUCUCGGAGAUCAGUUGACAGCUGCGGAUCUGGUUCCAAUUUUUAAUGGAUUUUUAAAAGACCUUGAUGAAGUCAGGAUAGGUGUCCUUAAACACUUGCAUGAUUUUCUGAAGCUUCUUCAUAUUGACAAAAGAAGAGAAUAUCUUUAUCAACUUCAAGAGUUUUUGGUGACAGAUAAUAGUAGAAAUUGGCGCUUUCGAGCUGAACUGGCCGAACAGCUGAUUUUACUUCUAGAGUUAUAUAGUCCCAGAGAUGUUUAUGACUAUUUACGUCCCAUUGCUCUGAAUCUGUGUGCAGACAAAGUUUCUUCUGUUCGUUGGAUUUCCUACAAGUUGGUCAGCGAGAUGGUGAAGAAGCUGCACGCGGCCACGCCUCCGACGUUUGGGGUGGACCUCAUCAAUGAGCUGGUGGAGAAUUUUGGCAGAUGUCCCAAGUGGUCAGGCCGGCAGGCCUUUGUCUUUGUCUGCCAGACUGUCAUUGAAGAUGACUGUCUUCCCAUGGACCAGUUCGCUGUGCAUCUGAUGCCACAUCUGCUCACCUUAGCAAAUGACAGGGUUCCAAAUGUGAGAGUGCUGCUUGCAAAGACACUAAGGCAAACUCUACUGGAGAAAGAAUAUUUCUUAGCCUCAGCCAGCUGUCAUCAGGAAGCCGUGGAACAGACCAUCAUGGCUCUUCAGAUGGAUCGUGACAGUGAUGUCAAGUAUUUUGCAAGCAUCCACCCCGCCAGUACUAAAAUCUCUGAAGAUGCCAUGAGCACAGCUUCCUCAACCUACUAAAAGGCUUGAGCCUCGAUGUCUUUCCCGCCUCUCCGAGAGCCGAGGUUUGCCGAGUGAUCUGCGGUGGCUUGUUGGGGAGGAAACCCCUUCCUCUCUCGCAGACUUAAUGCAGGUGCAAGUUCCCUACACCCAAUACCAGGGGUUUUAAGAGUCAAGAGAAAGUACAGCAAACAUGAUCUUACCUUGACUUUAAGGGAAAAUAAUUUCUCAGAGGAUUCUAAUUGUCACCGAAGCCUUAAAUCCUUCUGUCUUCCUGACUGAGUGAAACUUGAAUUGGCAGAGCAUUUUCCUUAUGGAAGGGACGAGAUUCCCAGAGACCUGGAUUGCUUUCUCCUGAUUUUAUUUAAUGGCCGAUAAAUGAAAUUCUUACAGCCAGAGGCAGAUGUGCACCUGGACAUGAAAGAGACCUUCAGUAUUAGCCCUGACUGUUUCUCCCAGGCACAAAGACCCGUUGGGUUCUGUAGCCAGCUGCCCAGCCUGGCCCUCAGUGUGAAUAGUUCCUGACAUGGGAAAGGAGAUUUUUUGGAUUUCUCCUCAGGGCUUGAUGCUAACACUAAAGUAGACUCUGAUUUUAACUCUUAAAUGCAGCAUAUUGCUGUACACAUUUACGGAACAUUUGCUGAGUAUCUAUGUCCUGAUUUUUUCAUGCUGGUCGUGACCUGAAGGAAGUUUAUUAGCACAUGUACUGUAUGUCAGGUGUCUUUAACUUGAUCAUGAUCAGCUCUGAGGUGCAACUUUUUCUUCACAUACUGUACAUACCUGUGACCACUCUUGGGAGUGCUACAGUCUUUAAUCAUGCUGUUUAAAACUGUUGUGGCACAAGUUCUCUUGUCCAAAUAAAAUUUAUUAAUAAGAUCUAUAUAGAGAUAUAUAUACACUUUUGAUUGUUUUCUAGAUGUCUACAAAUAAAUGCAAUUUGUGACCUGUAUUAAUGAUUAGUAUAAAAUGGGGAAACUAGAUUAAAAUAUUUGUCUUCUAACUA